AUGUCCGACUCUCCCCAAUCCAAUCCAAAAGAUGUCGAACAAGGUGCACCGUCACCCGACGAGGAAGCACAAAUGAACGAUCCCACAGACCCACACUCGAGCUCCCUCACCUAUGAGUUCGAGGUGAAAGAGCAAGACCGGUGGUUGCCCAUAGCCAAUGUGGCCCGUAUCAUGAAGAAUGCGCUCCCUGAAAAUGCCAAGAUUGCAAAAGAGGCAAAGGAGUGCAUGCAGGAAUGCGUGAGCGAGUUCAUCUCGUUCAUCACCAGCGAAGCUUCCGAGAAGUGCCAUCAAGAAAAGAGGAAAACCGUUAAUGGAGAGGAUAUCCUAUUCGCCAUGAGCUCCCUCGGGUUUGAGAAUUAUUCGGAGGCGUUGAAGAUCUACCUUUCAAAAUACCGAGAGGCAAGCGAUAUUUCCUCCCGUCAGUCGCAGUCGAACCGGGGAGAGAACCAGCAAAACAGGCCCAAUAGUCAAGGCUAUGGCGGCGCCAGCGGGUCAAAUCCCUCUCAAGCCGGCUUCCCUGGCGGUGGCCUCGGAGGCCAGCAAGAAGGUGGUGACAACCAGGGCUACAAUAUCUACGGAAGUCAGCCAGGGCACAAUGGCGCGGGACAAGAGUAUUAG